CAGUUUUGCGACGUAAUGAAAAAUUACAAGUAUCAAAAUAUAAAAUUUAUGUAGAGCAAAGAAACUGUUUUGUAUACAAAUUACAAAAAUAUAAGAAAAAAAUAUAUGAGUGUUAUUCGUAAAGAUAUUGCUUAAAAAACAAUGAAAUGGCGACGUCUGCAUCAGUUUCCUCGUCUUCACAAUCUAAUCCUCAAAAUGCAAGCGGCUUAAUGGAUCCAUAUCUAAAAUCAUUUUUUCCACUUAAAAGUACAGCAGAUGUGGUAAAAAUAUUUCAAUAUGAACUUCAAAAAAACUCAGAGCCGGAUCUAACUCUUCUUUCCGUGAUUACCGGGUAUAUUGAAAUAAACUUAACAUCAGGUAGUUCUCCAGCAGCAGGAGCACAUUACUAUUCGAAUAGUCAAGAAAUUGAUGCAUGCUUAAAUUCGUUUCCUAUUUUAACACUAGAAGUUGUUGAAGAUUUGUAUAAAAAAUUUCAAGUCAAGCUGAGUGUUAUUGAAAAACCAAAAAUUCGUCAUAAUGCUUCUGGGGCUAUUUCUGGAGGAUUUGCAAGUAAAGCUAUAAUUAAAAAGGUCUCGGAUAUAAUAUACUAUUCCCUUAUUCGAAGUACUUUAAAAGAUAGAGCGCAUUUGCAAAAUUUAUACAGUUAUUUGUCAAGUCACAAAUUGGAUUGCUUUGGUGUAGCCCUUGGUGUUGUGGCUGGUAUGCAAAUAUUAGGGUAUAGAGAUGUGCAUUUGGCUAUUUCUGAGGAUCACGCAUGGGUAGUUUUUAACCCAGGUACAUCAAGUGGAAGUGGUAAAAAUAGAACUAGAACACCAGCAGUAUAUGAAACAAUAGAAGUAACAUGGCAUGGCAAAGGAAAUGAAGAUAAAAGGGGUCAGGAUGUAAGUGCCGCAGUAGAAUCUCACGUAUGGCUUUAUUUGAACGGACAUUCUGUUAUAUGCGAUCGAUACAUGGAAGUGGCCGCUAUCGUGUCAUCUAUUAAUAUUGCUUUAACACCAAAUAGUGAUUGCUUGGAACUGGCAGAAUUGCAACAGGCCCUUUUGUGGCUCUUAUAUGACUUAAAACAUUUAGAAAAGUAUCCUAUGAGUCUUGGAAAUUUAGGGGAAUUGGAAGAAGUUUCAGCAACAUACAAACGUCCAAAUUGUGAAGAAAUUUACAAGGAAGCUAUAAAGUCAGCUAGAAAAUAUUAUGAAAAUCAUCAUGUAUACCCGUAUACAUACCAAGGAAACUAUUACUAUCGCCAGAUGAAUUAUAGGCAGGCCUUUGCUUCUUGGGCUAAUGCAAGUGAUGUAAUACGAUUGUACACGUAUUCAAAAGAUGAUGAAGAGAUUUACAAGGAAUUUUUAGACAUAGCGAAUGAAAUGAUACCUUAUAUAAUGAAAACAGAAAGUUCUGGACACUCUGCACGAAGUAUUCUCAGAGAUUCGGAAUGUUUUGCAAAUUUACUAAGAUUCUACGACGGAAUUUGCCAGUGGGAAGAAGGAAGUUUAACUCCAAUUUUACACAUAGGUUGGGCUAAACCACUAGUCAAUACUAUUUCAAAAUUUGAUUUUGAAAUUAGAUCGCAGGUAAUAAUUUAUUGUGCAAAGGAGGAAGAGGAAUAUUUUCAAAAUGUCAGUACAAAGUCAAAUGAAGCUAAUAGAAAAUAUAUAAGAUCAGAAGUUGAAAAGGGUAAAGAAAUCGCAUCGACUUCGCAAUUACUAGAUGGAAAUAAAUUUAAAAAAGAUGAACCUAAAAAAACAGAUAUUCCGACUAUAGAAGAUAUAACCGCAGCAUGUGGUGAAAAAAUAUUGAAUCCAGAUUUUUUACUACAAGGAGGUGGAAAGCUUUUUGCUGAACAAAAGCAAUUUAAAAAUAAGCGGAAUUCAAAAGAAGAAUCUCGAAUUGAAAAAAAAAACACGGUGCAAGCGGAUAUGAAAAAAAGCAGGGAAUUUGAGUCCGAAUUGUCACAAAAUAAAGUCGAUAAUGAAAGCGGUUUUAUUUUUCAGCAAAAACAUCCAAUAAUAACUUUAUAUAGUUAUAAAAUGAAAGGAUUGAAGGAUCUACUAACUGCUGAAAAAUUAAACACACAUGCAAUUUCAUUGCAAGUAACCGCUCAAUCACAGGUAGCUGGAAAGAAAGUUCGUUCCACCAAUAUUUCAAACCAAUCUGGACAAUCUGGAUUUACAACUGUGAAUAAUAAUAGCAACACUGAUAAAAUGCAUUCAUAUCAAAACGCAUCUAAUUCUGAUCUAGCAGAAAGUGGAACUAGACCUAAAAGAAAUCGCAGAGAAUGAAAGAUUCAACUAAGGGGGGAAUAAAUAAUGUCGGAAAUUAUAAUAUUUGAAAUAAUUAUUUUCCAUAAUUAUUUAUGAGCUACCGUAGUAAAUAUUUGUACAUAAAGCAUUCAAAAAAAAAAAAAAAUUGACCUGCACAAUCAAGUAAGUACACAUUUUUUUCUGAAUUUUUUUUUGAUAAAGUAAAAGUAUUCUUUGUAAUCAAACUAAAGUUCCCUUAUCAUUUUAAAGUUAUUCAAUAUGUUUUUAAAAAAAAUUAUAUUUUAUUUAUUACAAAAUUUAUAUUUAAUUAUAAAUUAUUAACAAAUAACGCGAAGUUAUUUCCAAGCCAGUAUUAUAUCAACAAAAAGUAAUUUUAAUUUUUUAAAUUCUGUUAAGCUCAAAGAAAAUAGUUUAAUAAUUUAAAGGAAUAAACACUAUCAUUAGGAAACAAAAUGCCGCUUUUGUAGUUAUUAGUUAAAUGCCUGGUAGCAUUUGUAAGUUAUUUUUGUCAAACUUUUUAAAGAAAUUUCUAAUAUUCCAGCAAAAAGAAAAUUGUUUUAAACAAUCUUCCAUUAAUAAUUCAUAUCCUUUUGCAUCACCAAUUUAUUGUUGUUGAACAGCAAAUUUUUAUUUUUAUUUUAUAGCUUUAUAUUAUAAUUUAAUAUUAUAUUAACUUUGUCCAUAUUUAGAAUACUUUAAUAUUAGUUUUAUUUUUACAAAUUUUCUUAGUAUAGGAGAUUUUAACUUAAAGUACAAUUGUAAAAAAAAUUUUUUUUUCUGCUAUAUUAAUUAUAAGCGCUAAUUUAUUUUCAAAGCAUUUAAUUCUUAUAAUUAUACACAUUAAAAAUAAUAAAAAAUAUAUUAUG